UUUAAUUACAAUUUUCGAAUUUUUAUCACCACACUGUCGUUCCUGAAUAUUUUUAUGUGUUUCGUGACAUAAUCGCAUGCCUCAGUUCAAUUGUUGAUUUUAAUAUUUUUUCAUUUUGGAAUACAAAGUCUAACUGACACAACAUUAAUUAUCGUAUUAAUACACAUUUUGAGACUCCGUACCUAACUGAGUGCAUUUGCUGAUGUGAUAUUCUUGAAAUGUCAUCGUAUAUGGCAGGUGUUUUCGAUUUAGAUUUAGAUGUGGAUAGUGUUACAGUUGGAGAUUCAGACGAAGACGACAUUAUCGAAAUAGAUGAGGUGGAUUGUGACCCAGAGUUACAUGUUAAUAGUAUUGUUGAAUUAGAAGGUUCUGAAACCAUACAGCUGUCGGAGGACACAGUUAAUCCGGGACAGUGCAAACGUCUCGGCCCACAAGAUUUUGAAUUAAGGAAAGUUUUAGGAAAAGGUGGUUAUGGGAAAGUAUUUCAAGUUCGCAAGAUUACAGGAGCAGAUGCUGGAGCUCACUUUGCUAUGAAAGUUCUUAAAAAGGCAUCAAUAGUUCGUAAUCAGAAAGAUACUGCACAUACUAAGGCUGAAAGAAAUAUAUUAGAAGCUGUUAAGCACCCUUUCAUAGUGGAAUUGGUUUAUGCUUUCCAAACUGGUGGUAAAUUAUACUUAAUAUUAGAAUAUUUGAGUGGUGGGGAACUGUUCAUGCAUCUUGAAAGAGAAGGCAUAUUCCUUGAAGAUACUGCGUGCUUCUAUUUGUCUGAAAUUAUUCUAGCACUUGAACACUUACAUAGCCUAGGUAUAAUUUAUCGCGAUUUGAAACCAGAAAAUGUGUUAUUGGAUGCACAAGGGCAUGUUAAACUCACAGACUUUGGUUUAUGUAAGGAACACAUUCAAGAAGGAAUUGUAACACACACAUUCUGCGGUACAAUUGAAUAUAUGGCACCGGAAAUAUUAACAAGAAGUGGCCAUGGAAAAGCUGUUGAUUGGUGGAGUUUGGGUGCCUUGAUGUACGACAUGCUUAUUGGUCAACCCCCGUUCACUGGUGAUAAUCGUACAAAAACUAUAGAAAAAAUACUUAAGGGAAAAUUAAUGCUGCCUGCUUACCUCACACAAGAUGCCCGCGAUUUGAUACGCCGUCUUAUGAAGCGGUCUGAGACUCAGCGUCUAGGAGCAGCUGGUGCAACUGCAGUACGAAAUCAUGCAUUUUUCAAACAUGUUCAGUGGGAUGAUGUGUUUGCACGCAGAUUAGAACCACCAAUAAAACCCAGAUUGGCAAGUGAAGAUGAUGUUUCACAGUUUGAUACGAGAUUCACGCUACAAACGCCCAUUGAUUCACCAGAUGAAUAUACUCUUAGCGAAAGUGCCAAUUUAAUGUUUCAGGGUUUCACAUACGUGGCGCCCUCUGUGAUGGACGAAAUCCAUAAGCCUCGCGUUAUCACAGCCCGGUCACCGCGACGCCCGCGGCCUCACCACCACCAUACUUUUGGGGGACCGCCCCCAUCCACCGCCAACCAGCACUCGCAUGCUCAACAGGAAGACCUUAUGGACGUUCAAGGUCUACCUAUAUAGUAAGUACCGUAUCUAGGAUAAUUAUUGUUAAUUAACUUGGUGACCGGGUCAGCGGCUUUAUGUUUAACUUAUCCGUAAAUAUUUAUCAAAGAUUUGCUAACAUAUUAAUGUUAGUUGUUUGUAACAUAUAAUAAUGAUAGAUGUAGUCUAUAGGAGAAUCAAGUAACCUUGUUUAAUGAUGAUGUUAUUAAACUUAGUGAAUACUAGAGCUGGAGGAUUUGUGUUACGAAGGUCUAUUGGAAAAUCCGACUGCAUUUUAAUUAUUGGUGUUGUACCAUGAAACCGUUGAUCCAGUGAGCCUCAUCCAUUAAUAGCAUACAGCCGCACACUAGCGGAGACAGAGAUGUCUAUUCCUAUAAAAAAAACAAACUAAAUGUCUAUAAAUUGCAUAUUAUUUUUUUAUAUAGUUAUAGUAUUCUUCCAUUGUUAACAGACUAAUGGAAAUAUACUGUAAAUAUUUGAUAACAUAUAUAACUAUAUGCACUCGUUAUGUAAUAGUAUAUUAUACCUUAUAUUAUAUUAUUAAGGACUGUUUUUAGUGUGCGGCUGCGCUCUUUCUAGUAUAGUAUAUACUUAUAAUAUUGUAACUAGUACUCCGUACCAAACUGAGAAAUUGAUGAGUAUUGUGUGCUAAUUAAUUGAAGAUGCAGUGCAGAGCUAUAUCUGAUAUUAAUAUUUUAGUUUAAUUCAUAAUUACUGUUAUUAUAUGUAAUAUUUAUGUCGGAUCUUAUUUGGUUGUUGAAAAUUAUCUAUUAUAUGUUUUAAUAAUUAUAUUUGUACUAGUGAUGAUGAAUCGAUAAUUUUAUAUUGUAAUUAUAAUUUUAAAAUGCAGUUUCUAAAUAUAUCGCGACAUAAUCCGCAUAAAAUAUAAGUGUUGUGGUUCAUAAAAAUCAGGAAUUAAACUGUAUUGUAUAAAUCAUUUGUCCAAUCUAUCUAUAAAGUUUAGAUAAAUGUUUACCUAUGUAAAUGUUAAUUUUACUGUUUUACUAUGAUGAUAUUGAAUAAUAGAAAACUAUGUAAUCUUACAACAGGAAUGAGUGGGAACUGCUGACACUAUUUGUUACCAGUUUUAAGUAAAGAAUAUGAACAAGCAAUAUAUGUAUAUGUGCUUAAGCUCGACUACACCUAGUUUAUCAGAGCAAUACUGUGUUAAGUUUCACUGAAACGCAAUGUAAACUAAUAGACAAUGGCUCUAAAUAUGUGCACUUUACGUCAUAUAGCUCCCACAAAAAAUAUAAGUACUCCAAAUUUUG